UAAUUACCACUUCUUUCUCUAUUAUAUUUAUAAUCACCGAGCUCUUUGUAAUUUUGCAGUGUCAUCUGCAGAUUUACAAGGGGUUGAGAUUGAUAGCUUUUUAUUCCAAGCACCAUGGCCUUCACCGCGAUACAAAUGGCUCUCUUUGUUACCAUCCUCGGUUUUAUAUCAUUCGUUUUUGGAAUUCUCGCUGAAAAUAAGAAGCUUCAAUCAGGAACCCCAAUUGAAGGAAAAGAUGUAGUUAUAUGUAGUUAUCCUUCAAAUCCUUUUGUGGCUUUGGGAUAUCUGUCCUUUGCCUUUCUUAUUGCCUCAACCGUGGUUGGUUAUCUUUCAUUGUUUUACCCUUACAAAGGAAAGUCAAUUCCACAAUCAAUCCUCUUCAAGAACACAUCAUUUCUUGUAUUCUUCAACAUUGCUCUGUUCACAGCUGGGUUAGGGGCAGCACUAACACUGUGGCCAACAUUUGAUGAGCAACAUCACCAGAAGAACAAAGUUUAUCCCAGUUCCACCUCAGAGUGCCCCACUGCAAAGACAGGUCUUUUGGGUGGUGCUGCUUUUGUGUCCCUUGAUUCCUCACUCUUCUGGCUUGUUGCCCUCAUGCUUGCAAGCAAUGUGAGAGAUGACUAUUUUGGUGACACAGAAAAUGAGUAUGACCCACAUGUGAGCCAAGGCAGCCAGGUCACAACAGCUCCCUAG